ACUUUUCAAAGCAGUAUUUUUCACAGCUUCACGUCAAGCAUUUCCAAAAUUUUUAUUUUACUACCCAAAAUACCCAAAACACUCAAAACCCAAAAAAUAAACAUAAAACCUUUCAUGCUGGUGACCUGCAGCUAAACAUGGCUCCCAGCAUAUUCUUUGUUCUCUUCUGGCGGAUUGGGGUCCAUCUUCUUUAUCCCUAUAGAUAUACGAAUCGCUCGAUUCAGGAUGCGCUUGGUGAUGACUAUAUACUGUGGGUCUCCAGCGAUCGAUUGCAAAACGAACAAUUGAUCAUGAUGCUGCUGCGUCAGUCGAUCGAAAAUUUUCUGAUAUUCAUAUUGAUUAUGGAAAUUAUGCGCUCGAUUCACGAAGGACGCGAACUGCCCUUUUUGUUACAAUGAGGGAUCCGUGUGUGCAAAAGCAGGAUUUGUUCAUACUAUAAUAUAUACAUCAAUUUUUUUUUUUGUAUAUUUUUGACAACUUUUUGCCUGUCUAUCAAAAGUAAACACGCCUCGAGUGUGGGGCACACAGCA